AUGGCGACGGCGACGCUCUGCCCCCCCUGCGCGACGAUGAUGCGCGAGAUGCGCGAGAAACUCGCCCCCGCGGUCGCCGCGCGGUUCGACGCCGCGCGGCACUGGGCCGGGUACGUCGUCCUCGCCGGGACCUUCUACGUCCUGCCGUGCUGGCUGUCGAUACACCCGCUCGCGGCGCUGUGGCGACGGCUCGGGCGCGUCUUCACGCUCGCGUUCCACGCCUCGCUCGUCGUCGCGCUCGUCGCGAACGGCGCGAGGCCGGAGUACAGGGAGGAGACGAUGCGGUGGGGCGGCGGCGACCUCGGACCUCCGAGCGGGUUCGCCCUCGGCGUCGCCGCAGCGCUCUUCGCGCUCUCGUCCUACCUCAGGCUCGCGUGGACGCGCGAGAUGGACCUUCUCACCACGUGCGGGUUCAGAGGCGAGCUCGAGCGCGGCGGGAGGGAAGGAAGGCUGCGGACGUCCGGCGUGUACGCGGUCGUGAGGCACCCGCGGUACGCGCAGAUACUGCGGGGGCGCGGCGUUCGAGGGUUUGUUUGGUCCAAGCUCAAUAGCUUCAGUGCUCGAGUGGCUCCGUCCCAGGACUGCAUUUCUCCGCGUCGCCCAGAGAGCCAGUACUGUAUUAGGCGCCCAGCGUCGUCUGUUAUCUGCUCUUCCCUCGCUUCCGUCCCAUCCCCUCCUCUCCCCCCCCCCACAAAUACAAACCACACAACGCAACGGAUCGGCACCGCGUCCAUCGCGCUCGCGUGCAACAUCGCCGCGGUGUACGCCGCGCUGUGCGUCCAAGUCGCCGCGUUCUACCUCGUCGCGAGGCUCGAAGAGCGCGAGCUCCGCCUUCGCUUCGGCGACCGACACGCAGCGUACGUCGCGUCCACGCCGUCGCUCAUCUUCCCUUCGCUGUUCGGCGAGAUGCCGAGCGCGCUAGUGAGGAAGCGCGCGGAGGACGUCCGGCGCGCGGAGGCGGAUAAGAACGGGUUCGGCGGCGGCGGCGGGAUGGACGAGACUCUGUUCGACGUCGUCGGGGAGGAGGAGCUCGAGCCGCCUCGGGCGCCGACGGCGACGCGUCCCUCGCCGAGACCGAAACCGACGAUCCCCAAACCGAGGGCGGCGGCGGUCGUCGCGCCGCCCAUGGAGAUCACUGAGGUCGUCGAGGACGCGUUCGUGGACGGCGAGCACGUCGCGGACGCGACCGCGCCGAGGCUGGCGCCGUCGCCGCCGGAGCGCGAGACGAAAAAAAACGCGGCGGCGGCGAAGCCGCCGCCGCCGACGCCGGACGCGUUCGAGUUCUGCGGCGAGGGCAGCCCGGUGCGCGCGGUGAAGAAGGAGCGCGAAGAGGUCGCGGGCGCGGGCGCGGGUGACGGCGACGGCGACGGCGACGAAGGGUACGCCGACGCCGCGAACGCCGCCGCCGCCGCCGCCGCCGCCGCCCUCACCGCCGCGGAUGAAAAAACCGUGACGUUACCGGACAACAACGAGCUGUACAGCGCGAUGACGAGCGUGGACAGCGUCGGCGCGGCGGAAGACGUGGAGGAGGAGGAGGCGGAGGAGGAGGAGGAGGACCAGUUCCGCGUCGCGCGAGUGAAGCGGGCGUGA